AUGUAUUUUGAUUCCAGAGGAAAAGAUGUUGUUGAAAACAACAUAGAAUCUGGUUCUGAAGCCGAAGAGCAAGGAGAGGAAUAUUCAGUAGAAAAAAUGUAUGGCAAAGAGUUCAUUAGAGACUUCGAGGAAAAACUGAAACAAAAAGAAAUGAAGGAGAAAAUAAAGAAGGAUCAACGUGAGCGUGGCCGUAAACGUGUACUUUCCAAUUCCACUGUUACUAGUUGUGCAUCAUCAGAAGCUGGACCGUCUGGUGGUCCAUCAAAAGCACUUCGGAAGACUUCUUCUCCUCAACCAAAGAAAAAGGCUGAAAAGACUAAUAAGUCUGACAAGACUGACGAGUCUGACUCGACCGAAGAUGAUGAUGAUGAUGAUGAUGAUAUAGAAGAUAUAACAGAAGAAAAGGAAAAUAGUGAUGUUUCUGUAGCAUCAUCAGCAGAGGAAGUGCCAGAAAAAAUUAUUGGUGCAACGGAUUCCAGUGGCUCAUUGAUGUUUUUACUGAAAUGGAAGGGGAAAAAAGAAGCCAAUUUAAUAUUGGCUAAAGAAGCUAAUAAAAUAUGCCCUCAAAUUGUUAUCGGUUUCUAUGAAGAAAGACUCACACAUUAUCGCCCUGAAAAUAAAAAGCGUUAA